AGACAGUCAAUAUUUCUAUGGGGGACUAAUACAAUAUUUCUUAUUUUUGUGUUCUUUUACGUAUACCAAAAUGCGUCAUCUGUAGCUGGCGUUCGAUGGUCGAAGAAGCACUGUAAUCAUCACUCAAAAUGAACAGAUAACUCGAAAAUACACUGUCCGCAAUUGGUUCUAGUCCAUUCCACUCAUGUCUUUCCCAAAUUUUCACAGACAGACAGAUAAUGAGGCCGCACCCACCCCCGCCAAAUAACGUGACCUUCCCGUUUUGUUGACAAGCGAAUUAAAUUAGGGAGAGUAAAUUUCAUUUCCGUCUUUAUUAACCUGACAGCUGACUAAAUCCAAGAACUCCCACAACUCCGGUAAAUGGUCCUUAGCGAUUACACAACUCUGACAUCUUUGUCUUUAAAAAGAAAUCUACGGAGAACAAGAGGGACUUAAAGGCGCGAUGUCUUUGAUCGGUUUGUACCCGUGUGCGAAUAUCUCUGCUCCGACCGCGUUGAGCAUCACUUCAGCUUCGUUCUGCUCUGUUCUCACGGCUACAACAGUCACGGGCAACUUUCUUGUACUCCUGGCCGUCAUUAUCGAUCCAAAUCGCAAUCUGCGAUCUCCGUUCAACUUCCUCGUGGCUAAUUUAGCGGCGGCAGAUUUAGUCGUGGGAUGUUUCGCGCUACCGAUGUCGGUCGACUUCUACGUGCGCGAGGCCUUAAGCCAUCACCCGACGCUUCUCCGCCGAGACCAUGCUAGACGGGUUGGAUCUUUCAUCUCUACGACCGCGUCGUUGCUGAGUUUGGCUGCCUUGACUGUAGACAGAUUCAUUGCUAUCACCGACCCACUGAAAUACAAGAGCAGGCUGACUAUAAGAAGGGCGGCCAUCGCUUCAGUUGCUCUUUGGGUCUUUUCCAUCGGAUUUGCUCUUCUUUACUUCAAGGUGGGUUAUUUGAAGUACCAGUUCUUCUUCGCUAACACAGCAGUGGUAGCUACAUUUGCAGUGCUGUGCCUCACUUAUGCGAAAGUCUUCAGGAACUUCAAGCAUCAAAUUAAGUACUGGGACUCUCUACACGAUGGCCAUGAACAAGACAACCAAGUUAAGAAGAGAGCGAUGAAAUGGGAGAAGAAAAUUACAAAAACUUUCCUGAUCAUGCUCGCGCUAUUCAUCUGUUGUUUUCUUCCGUCACUGGUCCUCAUUUACGUGAUCAGCUUUUGCGGGACCUGCAACUGUGUCUUUAUUCAUUGGGCAAGGGAUAUAAAUUACAUUUUAAUCAUGGCGAAUUCAAGCAUGAACCCUUUCGUUUUCGCAUGGCGGCUGCAACCGUACCGUAAAGCCUUCGCUAAAAUAUUGACGUGCGGCAAGAUUAUGCGAAGGCUGCGUUCAGUCUCCGCACAGUUGAACCUUUCAAUGAACUCUUUAGGAACGAUUUCUGGAACAUACAACACAUCAAGCGACAAUCCAUCAAGUUAGAUUGUGUUUCAGUAUCAACACUUUGUCGAUAAAAAGUACAUUUGAAGAUAGCUAUUGCGUUUUCAAGCGGGUAUCAAACCCGUGAAAUUUGCAUUGGGAAUGUUUCGGAAUUGUUCGCUAAUGUAAAUAUUUACAAUUCUAAAUGUAUCUAUAUCAUUUUCAAGGACACAUUGGAAAUUAGUAAAAAACUUUAAAAAGCAACUGGGAUAUUUAUAGUGCAGUUUUAGAUUUUAUUUCAAUAUUUUGCGGAAGAAAUCUCGGCGGGUCAACAUGAGUUUGUCAUAACUCGUUACGAAUGAACUAUAACUUGUCAGCUUGUUUACGCAAAAUAUUUAUUCAGCCGUAACGCGGUUUAAUCUUCUUUAGCUCGUAUGAAAAUACGAUAUUAGUUAUAUUAUUGCCCAACUUGUCUAAUGCAUUUAAUAUUAGCCUCCUCAGGAGACCAAGCACGCAUCGAAGUAUUGAACUCAGUGCUUGGCUGGGGUCACAUCGCGAUCGCAUUUUGUUGUAAAGUGGCAAGGUGAUAAUGUUUUUUAAUUUAUAAACAUCUAAUUCAGUUUAAGGCUUUGAAAGACUACAUUUUUUGGUCUUUGUAGACGAAAAUAAUGUUUAAAAUACUUAGUUUCUUCCGGGGAAUGUAGCCAUGAUAUAUUUAACAAAAUAACUGGGAGUAAUUUGUUAAAAAUUAAAAGAAUCCUCAGACAAUC